AUGGAGAAAGUAUGGACUGAGAAACAGUUGAUGCAAUUGGAACCAAUAGAUUUGAAGGAGAUGUGUAAAGAGAGGAAUACUGAGACAAAGUCAAUGUUUAGAAGUACAUUGGUAAAGUUGAUCUUGAAGUAUCAAUCAGAUCUGGCAUUGGCUUCAAAGUUGGCAACACAAAUGACACAAUACCAUCGUGGACUAGUCCAUUACAACUUGCCCAUAAGCAUAAUAUCAUCUAUUCUCAAGUUGACCUGGGACUACCUUGUGAUUGACGCCAACGAGAUGAUUGAACAUUGUCGCUGGCGUACAUCCUUGGCAUUUGUAUCAAAAGAAUGUUUCUUUAUCAUCUCCAAACUGUUCACCAAAGUCAAUCUAUGCUACGACGAAUACACCGAUCCCCUCCUUAUGCAACACCUUGCCAAUCCAUGUUGCCCACUCAAUCACAUAACAACACUUGAACUGAACGAGUAUGAUCUCCGACGACUCUCACUGGUCGUCCAACCAGACAAUCAAUUGAGUCAAGAAGUGCAAACGCUCAUACUCCAUGCAGCUCCGCGAUUCGAAUGGAAGAAGCCCAAUGUACAGCAUGUAUUCAACAAUGUCCGAUCACUCACACUCCAUGGUCGUAUCAUUCGCGAGGUAUUCAAUCAAGUAAUGAACGCCAAUACCUCUACAAUCGACAAGCUCGACUUUACCAACCUCCGUGGCUACUACCGACUCUCCGAGAUCAACUUUGUCCGGCCUCUAAAGGCAUUGUACACACGCGACUAUGUCACAGGCAGAAACAUAAUGUCAUAUUACAAGUUCGACUCGCCACCUCGUGUUGGAUUUGGUGGCACGCCUCAAUACCUGCGAGUCAUGAGCAGUCUACAAAGCAUCUUGCGUGGCAAUGUCACCAACACAAUGUGCAUAUUUGGCACUGGGGACUUUAGUGGAAUGAGCGUAGGCCUCAACCAAGAGCCCCGCAUCACUUGCAUUAAGAUCAUUCCUCCAAACCUGAGCUCUCUGACCACCAUCUUGGAGGAUUUACAAAGGGCCGUCUAUGUCCAGCGACUAGUACUCUUCACCAACACUCUGGACUUUAUCGAAAACAGUACCAAGGGCAGUGACACACUUGCCUAUCACACAGACUUUGCACUUCGAUCCACAGUGAUUGUACAAAGAUCAGAUGGUCCAAAGUACAAACACACCUUUGUUCGAGUGCCAGGUCUCAAGCUCUCAGUCGCGACAACAUCCACUACAACAACCACAACUACCUCCUCGACCUCAACGUCAACCUAG